AUGACGCUUCGCUAUGGCCCAACACUCGGUUUCUCACAUCAAGCUGUUCACGAUCAUGGCCGCCUCAUAAACACGAACUGGACGACGUUGGAAGACCAACCAUUGACAGGAAAGUCGGUUAACGACUUGGUAAAUAACGCCAUUCCAACCAUAAGGCACCGGGGAUUUCUUUCCGCAGACCGGUGCAGAGACUUGGUGCAUAUUGUUCAGCAGUAUCAAAUUGCAAACAAAGAGACAUACCUGAACCGAGUCGAAGAAGCAAACUCGUUGCAAAAACGGUUCAAAGAAGAAGCCAAUAUCGACAUCCUAGCCCGCGUCGCCGCUCUUCUCCAGGAAGCUACCGGCCUCGAAACACGAGUUGCUCACGAGGGUGACAGGAGCUACUUUGCAGGGCUUAUUCGUGCCGUUAACGAUUAUAUACAAAUUCAUUCCGACUACGCACCAUAUGACGGUGCAGGGUGGGAAAUCGGCAAGAUCACGAGCCAGUUAACAUGGAACAUACUGCUAAAGCAGGUUCCUGGCGGUGACACGAUCAUUUACGACCGACAGUGGAAGGGGGCAGCAGAUGAUGAAGCUUUCCGUAAAGCGUUUCCUCGAUAUGCUUACGAGCCAGCCGGCGUACAGGGUUCCAUCUUCAAGGCCAUGAAAGCGGUCGAAGGGGACUUGACGUUUUUCAACUCACGCAAUUUCCACGAGGUAAAGCCCUGCGACAAGGCUUGGGACCGCCCCGACGACGUCGUGCGCUACACUAUGAGUUCUUUUGUAGGCUAUCUUCCAGGGCAAUCGAAGGGAGCGCCUCCAAGUCUAAUACUUUGGUCUUGA